CGGGGAGCUAAGCCCGCAGCCUGCUCUCCCUGCCCGGGCGUGUGCUAGUGAGCAAGGGAACGAAAGGGCUAGGGAGAGAGUGUGUGUGUGGUGUGUGUGUGCACGCGCGGUGUGUGUGUCCUCCCGGGGAGUGUGCGCUCACUCGCUCGCUCGCGGGAGAGCCGCGCGUCCCUCUCCCAGAGCCAUGGGGAUGUGUUACAGCCUCCGAGCCCGGAUCCUGGGCGCCCAUCACCCCUCCAUCUCCUACAGCGGCCGGGGCCCCGCAGUCGCGCUGGAAACUGGCGACCUCCCUGGGGGACAGCAGCCGGACUCGGGCGACCCUCAGUCGCGGAGCCGGCUGCGGGAGCUAGAGUUGGCCCGGCUGAAGGCAGAGAGGAAGCGAAGCAAAGGCAUCGACAAGAGCCUGAAGGCAGAGAAGCGCGAAUACAGGCAGACCCACCGGCUGCUGCUGCUGGGUGCUGGUGAAUCUGGUAAAAGCACAAUUGUAAAACAGAUGAGGAUCUUGCACGUCAAUGGAUUUAAUGCUGAGGAGAAAAAAAUGAAAAUUCAAGAUAUUAAAAAUAAUAUUAAAGAAGCUAUAGAGACAAUAGUGACAGCAAUGGGAAAUUUGGCACCUCCAGUUGAGCUAGCCAAUCCAGAGAAUCAGUUUCGGAUUGACUACAUUUUAAACUUAGCUAACCAGAUAGACUUUGACUUCCCACCAGUAAGAAUUUAUGAACAUACUAAAACACUUUGGCAAGAGGAAGGUGUGAAAGCCUGCUACGAGAGAUUCUAAUGAAUAUCAGUUGAUGAUUGUGCUCAGUACUUUCUAGACAAGAUUGAUGUAGUCAAACAAAAUGAAUAUACACCAUCUGAUCAAGAUCUUCUCAGAUGCAGAGUAUUGACAUCAGGAAUUUUUGAAACCAAAUUUCAAGUGGAUAAAGUAAAUUUUCACAUGUUUGAUGUCGGAGGACAGCGAGAUGAACGUAGAAAAUGGAUCCAGUGUUUUAAUGAUGUGACUGCUAUCAUAUUUGUGGUGGCCAGCAGUAGCUACAAUAUGGUUAUACGAGAGGACAAUCAGACCAAUCGGCUUCAAGAAGCACUAAACCUCUUCAAGAGUAUCUGGAACAACAGGUGGCUACGGACCAUUUCAGUAAUUCUAUUCCUGAAUAAACAGGAUUUAUUAGCAGAGAAAGUUUUGGCAGGGAAAUCUAAAAUUGAGGACUACUUUCCAGAAUUUGCUCGCUACACUACACCAGAUGAUGCAACACCUGAGCCUGGUGAGGAUCCCAGAGUUACAAGGGCCAAGUAUUUUAUUAGGGAUGAAUUUCUUAGAAUCAGCACAGCAAGUGGAGAUGGAAGGCACUACUGCUACCCCCACUUCACAUGUGCAGUGGAUACAGAAAACAUCAGAAGGGUUUUCAAUGACUGUCGGGACAUUAUUCAACGGAUGCACCUUCGUCAAUAUGAGUUAUUGUGAUGGAGAGCACUUUUCCCUGUGUUUUGGACUCCUUAAUGCUCAUGUUAAAACAAAACAAAGCAAAACACAAAACAAAUAUUUGCCCAUAUAGGGUAGAAGAGAAUUGAUGCAGUCACCCUCCAAUUUGCACCCUCGCCUUUUUUCCUUGCUGGACAAUAGCAGACUUUUAGCUUGCUUCUGUCUCCCUUGGACAGUUUUUAAACGGCCAGCCAAAUAGGCUAUUUCCACCUGGGUCCCUAACAUUAUUACCGGCAACAGAAUCAAAUAGCAAAUAAAGCCCUGAAUGUGUGAAGCAUCAUAAAGGAUUGGGGAAUAAUAAAAAUGAAAACAUACAUACAUACACACACAUACAUACACACAUACAUAUGUGUACACACAUAUGGAGAGAGAAAUGUUUGGUAAUGUAACACCAUUAUGGGCAAACUCAUAUUACCCAUGAUUUCAACUUUUUAUCCAUUCACUGCAUCAGAUGAGAGAAGGUGCCAAGUUACAGACCAAGUUUGAAGAAAGACUCCCAAGUUUGGUUCUCUUUGACUGUAAUGUGGCUUUGAACAGAAAUACUGACAAUUCUACAGCAGACCUAGUGCAAAAACUUACUGCUACCUUUCAAAAGGGUAUUUUUUAAUCCAGCUUUGGUGGUCUUAGGACAACCUCGGACAUUAUUAUUUGAACUGCAUACAGCCUGUGAUUGCAGAGAGCUCACCACACACUGUUUUUGGUUUGUCCACUGAUGAUCCUGUCUGCUAUAUAUAAAAAUCAUUAACUGGACAGUUGUCCUCACAGGUUUUUUUUUUCCUCCCCUUCUUAUUUCUUCUCUUUUCCUCCCUUCUCCUCAUUUUUUUUUUAUUUUACUGCUGGAUUAUUAUUCUUGUACAGACUGUAAAAUGUAUUAUUUUGUACAACUUUACUGAAAAAAAUAACUUGUAGAAGAUCUUUGUGCCUUGAUUAUGGCUGUACCUGUAAAAUGAGCUAAGAUGUAAGUAUGUUUGAUUGCGCUGUACAGCUUUGUCAACCCUAUCGGCAGCAUUAGCUCAUGGUAGGGAAAUUUAUCUGUAGUUUAGUUUUUUCUGGUUUAUAAAAGAAGGAAAAAUACUGUUUAGUUUUAAAAAAGUACAAAUUGUGCAAACUUAACCACUUUAAAAGUGAGGUCUUCAACAAGUGACCAGAUGUCGCAGCAUCAUGCUUUUUAAUUUUAGCUUUAACUCAUUUAAAUCUCUAUCCAAAUGCAAAACAUGGCUUGUUUCUACAUAAACCAAAUUUUGCUACAAAUUAUAAAUGUUAGUCUUUGGUCAUUCAUAGUCCUUUUUGCAAAAACAAAAAACAAAAAAAAGAAAAAAACACAUAGGCAUUGUGCAGGUAUGGUGACCCUCUGUAGACUGGGCAGAAUCCCCACCAACCUCCACUAGACUGAGUGGGCAAAAUACUAUAAAAAUGACAAGGUGUGCACAGCCCUUGUAUUUGGCCACUGAAUUCCAGUUGCAAAUGACAUUUUUAUUUCUCUUUUAAUAAAGAGAUACCUUAGAAA